AUGUUAUAUGAGGAAACGACGAACGACGUGAAAUGGACCGAUUUAGGCCUUGGCCUUGGCUUUAUGCGACAUAGACAAAUUGCUAAUAAGCCCGAAUAUGAAAUUAUUCAAUCAACUAUUGCAUUAAAUGACUCAGUUAUAACUGCAGAACUUCAAAAUGUGAUUAAUAGGCUCCGGUUAAUAGUUGUGGCAUUAGAUGAUUCGAAAUUGAGGCUUAUCAUCGACGAAACUGAUGGGAUAAGAGCGAGAUUUCAACCACUUGAUGCACUCAAAGAUGCGACGAAUCUUAAAACUUCCAAGUUCCUUAAAGUUGAAAUUCAAGAAAAGCUAACAUUAAUUGUCCUGGAAAAUACAGCAAAGCUUUUAUUAAAUCAUAAACCGUUUCGAAUGGAUUUCUCAAUGUACGAUGAAAUCGUUCUUAGCGUAAAUUCGGCCAAUCUUCUUAAAUUCGAGCAUUAUAGAUUAAAAAAUGAAAGCAGUGAAAUGAACGAUGGUGAAGGGUUUUGGGAGGAAACAUUCAAAGCAUACAAAGAUACUAAACCUUUCGGUAGAAUUUUCAUUUGUUAUUUUAAGUCAUUUAUAUUUAUUUACACUUUAAUUCAUUCUGGAAAUUUUCGGAAUUUCAUUUUAGGCUCUUCUUCUGUUGGUUUGGAUUUUUCAUUUAUUGGAUAUAAAUACGUUUACGGGCUUCCAGAGCAUGCAGAUUCUUUUGUACUAAAAUCGACGAAAGGAAUAGAUCCAUAUAGACUUUAUAAUUUGGAUGUUUUUGAAUUUGAAGUUAACAAUCAAAUGUCGCUAUAUGGAUCAGUGCCUUUUUUGAUGGCGCACAACAAAGAACUCACAUUAGCUAUUCUUUGGUUAAACGCUGCGGAAACUUGGGUUGAUAUCAGUUCGUCUACAGCUGAUAAAGGAAUGUUGCGAGCUUUGGUAGACAAGUUCAAAACAUCUUCUGAAGUUCCACAGGUAGAUGCACAUUUCAUUUCUGAAUCAGGGCUCAUUGAUGUGUUUUUCAUGCUUGGCCCAAAGCCUUCAGACAUAUUUAGACAGAAUUCAGCCCUUACGGGUGUUUUUCCCUUACCGCCGGUAAACUUUUUUUUAUUCAUAUUUAACAUAUUAAAUCUGAAAUUUUGUUAA